AUGCUCAAGGAUCUACAGCUUAUGCUAGGGGCUCUGCAGCCUAUCGCCAUGCAUCUGCCGCAGACUUCAGCCUUGACUCUUCAGCAGCGUAUAGCCAUGGCUCUUCAGCCUAUGACCUGGAGUCGGCAGCCUACAGCUAUGGAGCUACAGCCUAUGAUCACUCUGCUGCACAAAGUAAAAGAUCUGCUGCCUACAGUCUUGACUCUGAAUCCCUCAGCAAGAGCUCAGCUGCCUACAGCCAUGGAUCUGAAUCCAUCAACAAGCUGGCUGCAGCCUACAGACUGGGCUGAAUCCUAUAGUCUCGGACUGAAAGAUUCCAAUUUAAUGAUUGAAGAUCAGUCCUAUAAGAUGAGUCCCAAAGCAAAGAGAGCAAAACAGAGUUUGGUAUCUGAGGACAAAGAGAACGAAGCCAUAGAUUACUCAGUACCCAUAUUCACAGGACGAGAAGUGAGUGUCAGUGGGAUCACAGACACGGAAGAAGAAAGAAUUAAAGAAAGUGCUGCAUACGUUGCCAAGAGGAACCUUUUUGCCACAAGUGAAGGAGUUAGUGUCAGCAAAGUGGCCAAGUCAACUUCUGAAGAGGAACAUCAUGGAAAAAAAUCAAGGAAAGUAGCGAUCCGGGAGUCUGCUGAACGUGUGGCCCUGAAGAAAACGCUAGAAGAGACUCAGGCAUUCCACAAAAAGUUGAAUAAAGAUAAACUUUUACAUCCUCCUGAGUUUGUUAUCGAGCCUCGUUCUCACACUGUCUGGGAAAAGCAAAAUGUCAAAUUUCAUUGUUCUGUGGCUGGCUGGCCAGCACCCCGUGUUACAUGGUACAAAAACAAUGUGCCCAUCGAUGUACAGGCUCACCCUGGCAAGUAUAUCAUUGAAAGUCGAUAUGGGCUGCACUCACUGGAGAUUAGCACAUGUGAUUUUGACGACAUUGCUCAAUAUCGAGCCUCUGCUAUGAAUGUUAAAGGAGAAAUUUCGGCUUAUGCUUCCCUUGUGGUAAAGAGGUACAAAGGAGAAAUUGAUGCAAGUCUUUUGCAUGCUGGAACUGUUUCCAUGCCUUCGGGCCUUGGUGUUACCCCUUAUGGCUAUGCUUCCAGGUUUGAAAUCAGAUUUGUUGACAAGUUUGAUGUAGCUUUUGGGAGAGAAGGUGAGACAAUGAGUCUGGGCUGCACAGUUGUCAUCAGUCCUGAUAUCAAACGCUUCAAACCAGACAUCGAAUGGUACAGAAACGGUGUUCUUAUUACACCAUCCAAAUGGGUCCAGAUGCACUGGAGCGGUGAGCGAGCUUCAUUAACACUGACUCAUGCAAACAAGGAAGAUGAAGGUCUUUACACUCUACGAGUGGUGAUGGGAGACUACUAUGAAGAGUACAGUAGUUAUGUCUUUGUUCGAGAUGCUGAUGCUGAAAUCCCUGGAGCUCCUGGUGCACCACUGGAUGUGCAGUGCUUAGAUGCCAACAAAGAUUAUGUUAUUGUCUCCUGGAAGCAGCCCGCUGUCGAUGGAGGAAACCCCAUCCUCGGCUAUUUCAUUGACAGGUGUGAGGUUGGCACCAGCCACUGGACUCAGUGCAACGAGACUCCCGUGAAGUUUGCUCGUUUUCCUGUCACUGGUCUGAUUGAAGGCCGUUCCUAUAUUUUCCGAGUCCGAGCGGUGAACAAAGCUGGCAUUAGCCUACCGUCCCGGGUGUCAGAGCCUGUAGCUGCUCUGGAUCCUGCUGACAGAGCCAGGCUUAGAAGUCACCCUUCUGCUCCCUGGACUGGACAGAUUAUUGUCACUGAGGAAGAACCUGCAGAGGGUGUUGUUCCUGGUCCACCUACAGACCUCCAAGUUACUGAAGCCACUAAGAACUAUGUUGUUCUUAGCUGGAAGCCUCCUGGACAGCGGGGCCAUGAGGGUAUCAUGUACUUUGUGGAAAAGUGCGUUGCUGGCACAGAGGACUGGCAAAGGGUGAACACUGAGAUUCCUGUGAAGUCUCCUCGCUUUGCAGUUUUUGAUUUGGCUGAAGGCAAAUCCUACUGCUUCCGAGUUCGCUGUUGCAAUUCAGCUGGAAUUGGUGAGCCUUCAGAAGCAACUGAAGCCACUGUGGUGGGUGACAAACUCGAUAUUCCCAAAGCUCCUGGCCGUGUUAUGCCAACUAGGAAUACAGACACCUCAGUUGUUGUCACUUGGACAGAACCCCCAGAUGCCAAGGAGCUGGUUGGGUACUACAUUGAAUCAAGUGUAGUUGGAUCUGGUCGUUGGGAACCAUGCAACAACAAUCCAGUGAAAGGCACAAGAUUCAUUUGCCAUGGGCUUGUAAAUGGUGAGAAGUACAUUUUCAGAGUCAGAGCUGUUAAUGCAGCGGGACUCAGUGAAUUUUCACAGGACUCGGAGCCUAUAGAAGUCCAAGCAGCCAUUGGGGGAGGAUUGCUUCACGCUGCUCCAUCUCCACCUUAUGACAUCAUGGUACUUGAGAGUGUUCGUGACUCGAUGGUAUUAGGAUGGAAGCAACCGAAAGUCACUGGUGGAACUGAAAUUACCGGCUACUACGUGAACUAUCGUGAAGUGGUUGACGGAGUUCCUGGGAAAUGGAUGGAGGCCAACAUUAAGGCCAUCAGCGAGAGGGCAUACAGGAUUCAAAACCUGAAGGAAAACAUGGUGUACCAGUUCCAGGUGGCUGCUGCUAACCUGGCUGGGGUUGGGACACCCUCCCUGCCCAGCCAACCCUUCAAAUGUGAAGAAUGGACCAUUGCUGUACCUGGGCCACCCCAUGAUGUCACAUGCACUGAAGUUAGGAAGGACUCUUUGGUUUUACUGUGGAAGGAACCAGUUUAUACUGGUCGUAGUCCCAUAGCUGGCUAUUAUGUUGAUAUGAAAGAAACUGAAGCAAAGGAGGAACGUUGGAGAAGUGUCAAUGAGAAGCCACUUCAAAAGAAAUUCUUGAAGAUAGGUGGCCUAAAAGAAGGUGUGAGCUAUGUGUUUCGCGUGCGGGCCACAAACCAGGCUGGUGUUGGGAAACCAUCAGAAGUCACGGAUCCUGUUGUAGCUGAAACACGACCAGGAACCAAGGAAGUUGUGGUUGAUGUAGAUGACAAUGGAGUAAUUUCCUUGAACUUUGAAUGUGAUCAGAUGUCUCCACACUCUAAGUUUGUUUGGUCCAAGGAUUAUGAACCAAUUGAGGAUGACUCUCGACUGAGCAUUGAUACCAAAGGCGGAAAGUCAAAAGCUACCUUUAAGGAUCUUGGAGAAGAUGAUUUGGGAAUUUACUCUUGUGUUGUUACAGACACUGAUGGAGUUUCAUCAAGCUACACAAUUGAUGAGGAAGAAAUGAAACGCCUGCUUGCUCUGAGCCAUGAACACAAGUUCCCAACUGUCCCACUUAUCUCCGAGUUGGCAGUGGAAAUUUUGGAAAAAGGAGAAGUGAGAUUCUGGUUGCAAGCUGAAAAACUGUCUGGCAAUGCAAAGGCCAACUUUGUUUUUAAUGACAAAGAGAUUUUCAAUGGAGAGAAAUAUAAAAUGAAGGUGGACCAGAAGACCGGCCUUGUUGAAAUGAUUAUGGAUAAACUUGAGGACAAGGAUGAAGGGACUUACACUUUCCAACUGCAGGAUGGAAAAGCAACCAAUCAAUCUAGCCUUGUGCUCAUUGGCGAUGUAUUCAAGAAGCUGCGGGAUGAAGCAGAAUUCCAGAGAAAAGAGUGGCACAGGAAACAAGGUCCUCAUUUUGUGGAUAAACUGGGAUGGGAAGUUACCGAUGACUGUAAUGUGAUGUUGAAAUGUAAGGUGGCUAAUAUUAAGAAGGAAACACACAUUGUGUGGUACAAAGAUGACAGGGAGAUAAUGGUAGAUGAAGAACAUGACUUUAAGGAUGGCGUGUGUACUCUGCUGAUAUCAGAGUUUUCUAAGAAAGAUGCUGGCACUUAUGAAGUCAUACUGAAGGAUGACAGAGGAAAGGACUCCAGCGAGCUGAAGCUGAAGGACACAGCUUUUGCAGAUCUGAUGAAUGAAGUAUGCAGAAGGAUUGCUUUAUCUGCAACAGACCUGAAAAUCCAGAGCACAGCUGAGGGUAUCAGACUGUACUCCUAUGUUAAUUAUUAUGUGGAAGAUCUGAGAGUAGGCUGGGUGCACAACGAUACCCAGAUUAGGUUUACAGACCGAGUGAAGACUGGUGUCACCGGGGAGCAGAUCUGGUUGCAGAUCAAUGAGCCAACUCCACAGGACAAAGGCAAAUACACAAUGGAACUCUUUGAUGGUAAAACAGCACACAAAAAGACAGUGGAUCUUUCUGGACAAGCAUUUGAUGAAGCCUUUGCUGAGUUCCAGAGAUUAAAGCAAGCUGCGAUUGCAGAGAAAAAUCGUGCACGGGUACUUGGAGGUUUGCCCGAUGUUGUCACCAUCCAGGAGGGCAAGGCGCUUAAUCUUUCUUGUACUGUCUGGGGAGAUCCUAGCCCAGAGGUCUCAUGGCUGAAGAAUGAAAAAUCAUUUGUAUCAGAUGCUAACUGCACCCUGAAAUUUGAAUCUGGAAAAAAUGUCAGCUUUACCAUUUCUACUGUGUCCACGCUCGACUCUGGGAAAUACAGCAUUGUGGUGAAGAACAAGUAUGGCACAGAGACCAGCGAUGUCACUGUGAUUGUGAUUUCUGUGUCAGGACAGACUGACACAGUCCAAGGACACGAUCAAAAUAAUGUAACUGUAUCUAAAAAGAAAAAAAAAAUGACAGUAAGCAAACGGAAGGAAGAGGAAAAGAAAGAUUUUAUUAGGCCACAUGUAGAAGAAAUUAUUGCUACAGAAGAGACACCUGAUCCAAAUGAAAUCGCCCCUGUGGAAACAGAAAAGGAUACAAAGAGCAACCAGCGAGCAGCAAAGAAGACUGAUGGAAAGGCAGCAGUAGCAGAAACGGUUCCUCAGCCCACAGACAGCAUGGAUAGGCAGGGAAAGAAAUCAGUGGAAAAAAAGCCUGAGUAA